CGACAGUUGCGAGCUACUCUCUCUUUGAGCUUAGCCCGGUUGCCGGUAUUGAAUAAAUUGUACCUCGCGACGUCACCGUCACCAUCUUCGAGCAAGAUUUCGACGGAGCAAGUACGGGUGAUCGGAUUCGACAUUUCGAGAAACGAAGAGCAAAAGACACAACAUGCCCAGCCAUACAAGAACAUCAGCAUACAGACGUAGCUAUGGAGCAGAGAGGAAAACAACUUCAGUCGCUUUGACUCCAGAGAUGCGAAAGACCAAGGAAGCUGAAAAAGAAAAAUUGAAGAAGUGCAACAACAGAUUGGUAAACUACAUUGACAAAGUUCACGAUUUGGUCGAAGCUAACAAAGCGCUAAAAACUGAGAACGCUUUACUGCGAAAGGCAGCUGGACAUGACCAGCAAAAAGAUGUUGCUGGGUUGUACGAAGAUGAAUUGUCUAGAUUGCGCAGCAAAGUUGAAGAAUUGUCCGUCGAAAAUCAAAAGCUGGAGAUCGAGAAGGAAAACUUGAAAUAUGACCUGGACGAAUUGGAGGAGAAGUAUGACGAGGUAUCAAAAGAGAAGGAAGACAUUGAAAAAGAAGUUAAAAAUCUGAGAAAGGAUGUUGAUGAUGCAACAAUCGAGAGGGUCAGCAUGGAAAGCAAGUUAGAGAAUCUUCAAGAAACUCUUCAACUUGAGCGCCAAGCUCAUGCAGUGGAAUUGGACAAUCUUCGUAGUCAAAUUCAACCUGUGCAUGCAGUUGUUGUGGAGAACGAACCAUCGAGUCUUACUCCCGAUUUGACUGAUGCCAUCCAACAAGUGAGACAGCAAUACGAAGCCUUCAACACCAAAAACAUGGAGUCACUCGACAGCUACUACAAAGAAAAGGUUGAAGGUCUCCACAAACAAAACAAAUCAUUGCAAGAAGACAAUAACAUACUUCGUAUCGAGAAUAAUGAUCAACGGAAGCAAAUUCACCAACUGGAAUUAGAGCUUGAAAGCCUCCGUAGUAAGACCGACAACUUGGAAAGGCAAAUAGAUGAUUUGGAAGACAGACUUGCUAAGCAAAACAACACUUCACAAGAGAAAAUACACGCACUUGGCAAAGAACUUGAUGACGCUAAGCAGGAUUUGGGCAAGUAUUUGAAGGAAUACCAAGAUUUGAACAAUUUGAAAUUAAGCUUGGAUCAAGAAAUUGCCAUCUAUCACAAACUUCUGCAAGGAGAGGAAUCUAAGAACAUUGACGUAGAAGUUGCUGAAGGAAAACCGGUUCGAGCCAGAUCUGCAUCUCCUGCAGCAAGAAAAUCACGAUCUCACUCUAGGUCCAGCGCUAGUUCACGAUCCAGUUCCGCUUCGAGUAAGUCAUCUGAAGGUUCACCAACAAGAACCACGAGCGACGUAGUUGGAGAGAUGCUGGAAGAAAAAGCACCCAAAGAGGAGAAGGGAGUCGUGUCUGUAACAUGGAAAGUGAAAGGUGGAACUGUCCGACCCUCUGAACCGUUCAACCCAGCAGAUGACGCCGAGAAGCUACACGAAGCCAUAAAAGGGAGAGGAACUGAUGAAGACACGAUCAUCAAUAUCCUCGCGGGUCGCAACAAAGCUCAACGAUUGGCAAUCGCGAAUGUGUAUGAGGACAAAUAUGACACUGAACUGAUCGAGGAUCUGAAGAAGGAUCUGAGCGGUGAUUUGAAGACUGUAACGUUGCAUUUGAUGUGGAGUCGCAGUGUAAUGGAUGCAAAUGCAUUGCGCAAGGCUGUGAAAGGAUUUGGCACAGAUGAAGCUGUCCUAAUAGAAAUACUUUGCACUCAAACCAGCCGCGAAAUACAAGAAAUCAAGGCGUCUUACGCAUCAGAAUUUCCUGGUAAAUCACUGGAAGAGGACAUUGAAAAAGAAACAUCUGGAUCGUUCAAGCAAUUUUUGCUUGCUGUUUUGAAAGCAAACAGACCAGUCGACAGUGGAACAGUUCUAGCUAAUCAAGCUGACGAAGAUGCCCAGGAGUUGCACAAAAUGGCAGUCAAAGACUGGACUCCAGCCCAUCCCAAGUUUUUGGAGAUCUUCACUCAACGAAGCUUUGAACAUCUCUGGUUUUUGUUCAAUCAAAGUUGGCCGAAACUUUCAGAGGACAACCUCCUUGAAACCAUCGACAAAGAAUGCAAGGGAGAUUUGAAAAAAGGAUUGAAAGCUUUGAUCCGCUUCUCUGUGUUCAUUCCACCCCUGUAUUACGCGACUCAGCUUCACGAAGCAAUGAAGGGCUUUGGAACCGAAGAUGAACAGCUGAUUUAUAUCGUCACCACCAGAAGUGAAAUUGACAUGAUAGACAUCAAAGAAGAAUUUGGGAAUAAAUACGGUGAACCGCUGGCUAAGAAGAUCAAGAGCGAGACCAAGGGAGAUUACAGAAAGAUGUUGCUGAAGCUUAUUGAUGAAGAUGAUUAGAUUUGAAGAUACUUUCUGGAAUGACAAGCCAUAUAUUGGUUUCUUAUAAUUGGUGCUGUAGCUUAGUGCUUUUGUAAAUUCUGCUCGUUACAAUAAUAUAACUUGAAAUAUAAGCAUAUAUACUUUAUAUACUUUUAUAACCUAUAAUAUUCCAACUACACGAACUCACUAACAGAAGUUUACUUGCUAUGCUGCCUUUUUGAUAAAAUGUAAUCGGAAACAGUGUGUUUAUAUGUUAAUUUACGUUACUGUUUAAACUUCAAUAAAUCCCCAUUUGUACAACAUGUGCCAUAUCUUACCAUAUUCACAUUGAAGUGUUCAAUUUUCAAAGACUUACCUAGCUUGUUUACUAUCUGUACCGCGUUUUCGAGACAUAAGCAAUCAAGUUAAUCUCACCGCUUCCAAUGAUACUAUCGUAACGUUAAAGUAGUUUUCAGAACAAAUUCGAUAUAAACGAAAAGUGAUAUUUUAACAAAAAGAAAACAAUAACAAUUUUUCAUACCAUUAACCAUAACUUGUAGUUCUUGUACAAAGUUCGAAACCAUUUAAGCAAAAUGAGUAAAGGCGGGAUAUGGUACAAUAUCGCAACACAUACACUAUUAUAUGCACUUUCAUUAUCAUCGUAGCAAAAAUAAUUAUGCUAAUUUUAUUCCCAAUUUUUUUGGUUUGUGAAUAUCAACUAACAAAUAUCUUUACGACACUGUUUUAAAUGACUUUUUUGAUGAAGUCUUGUUUGGCACCCGACGAAAAGAAUAAAAUGGGCUUUGCAAAUGUGUGCAGUACAGUUCCAAAUCAAUAAUAUUCCUAUUUCCGGACUUUGUUUCGUAAUGAGGAUUUUAUGUAAAAAAAAUUGUGUACUGUAAAUUCACUCUUUCUCAUAAUUUGGACUUGAUGACAAAGUUCUUUCAGACUAAGUCAACACGGAGGUCAUGAAUAUUUCAAAUCUAGUAAUUUAAGGAGUGUGACUAAUCCGUGGAAAUGUAAUUUUUUGCAAUUGUGUGAAGCUAUAUAAUGAAUAUAUCUGCCAUAUAUAUGCAUAU